AGCUGCUGGCUCUGGGAAGCAGAAUGGAUUCGCCUGUGCACGUGUCUGAAACGCUCUGAACAGUGUCAAAGGCCUCGCUUCCUACAUUUUCUCUUCCCGGUUCUGACGCAGUGUGUGACCCAAGGCCCCACCCUUCUGAAGCUGGAAAGGUGAAUUUCGAGAAAGCUCCAGCAAUCAGUAUUCCUAGGAAUGGAAGACAGAGCUUGAAAUGGAUGUAUCCAACCAGACGACUGUAACAGAAUUUGUCCUGUUGGGCCUCUCCGCCCACCCCAAACUGGAGAAAACCUUCUUCGUGCUCAUCUUGUCAAUGUACCUGGUGAUCCUGCUGGGCAACGGGGUCCUCAUCCUGGUGAGCAUCCUCGACUCCCACCUGCACACGCCCAUGUACUUCUUCCUGGGGAACCUCUCCUUCCUGGACAUCUGCUACACCACCUCCUCCGUUCCCUUAGUCCUUGAUGGUUUUCUGACCCCCAGGAAGACCAUCUCCUUCUCGGGCUGUGCCGUGCAGAUGUUUCUCUCCUUCGCCAUGGGAGCCACAGAGUGUGUGCUCCUGGGCAUGAUGGCGUUUGAUCGUUAUGUGGCCAUCUGCAACCCCCUUAGAUACCCUGUGGUCAUGAACAAGGCUGCCUAUGUGCCCAUGGCCGUCAGCUCCUGGGUGGCUGGCGGUGCUAACUCCUUGGUGCAGAUCUCCCUUGCGGUGCAAUUGCCUUUCUGUGGGGACAAUGUCAUCAAUCAUUUCAUCUGUGAGAUCCUGGCAGUCUUAAAGCUAGCCUGUGCUGACAUCUCCAUCAAUGUGAUCAGCAUGGGGGUGGCCAAUGUGAUUUUCCUGGGGGUUCCAGUUCUGUUCAUCUUUGUCUCCUACAUCUUCAUACUCUCCACCAUCUUGAGGAUCCCCUCUGCUGAGGGGAGGAAGAAGGCCUUCUCCACCUGCUCUGCCCACCUCACCGUGGUGAUCAUUUUUUAUGGGACCAUCCUCUUCAUGUACGGGAAGCCCAAGUCCAAGGACCCACUGGGGGCAGACAAGCAGGACCUUGCAGACAAGCUCAUCUCCCUCUUCUAUGGACUGCUGACCCCCAUGCUGAACCCCAUCAUCUACAGCCUGAGGAACAAGGACGUGAAGGCCGCUGUGAGGAACCUGGCAAGUCACAGAUGCCUCACCUUCUAAUGGAGGGAUAGAGCCCAUGAUCCACAUGUUCUGAUGGCUCUCACUUGAGAAUCUUAUUGCAAGGCAAUGCUAGGUGAGGAACAAGCUGUCUUAGAGUCAUUCCUAGUGUGAUCCACAGACUGGAAAUGUCAACAUCACCCAUCACCCGGGAGCUUUUUGGCAUACAGAGUUUCCUGACCCCCAGCAGAUCUACUGACUGGGAAAGUUCAUUUUAACAAGAUCCUCCACUGGAUUUAUAUGCAUGCUGGACCUGGAGAAGUAUCAGUUAAGACCAUGGAAUGGAUGCCCUGGUGUAUUGUCUGGAUCCCCAGAAAUACUUAUCACCCCAGCCACUGGACCUGUCAGUGACUGCCAACAUCUGGAUCUCUCUGCAGCACUGCUCCUUACUAAGGAGAGCCACCUCACCCAGUGCCACACUCUCUUCUUACAUCAGCCCUCAUCCUGUCACCAUCAUUGGUAAUGAGAAGGCUUUGUUAUCUCUAAAAGCUUCGCCACAAGUGCUUCUCUGUGGCAGUUCAUGUUGUCCCCUGCUCGGGCCUGAUCCCUUUAACAGUUGCCACAGCAAACAUCCUGCAUGCAAAUCUCUCCACAAGAGUCAGCUUCAGGGGAAACCGGCCUUUGACACAAAACAACCACGUCAGCACAGGUGUGUGAACCAUGUGUGUGUUACCAGUGUGUGCCCUUUGCAGCCAAUGCUUGUGCUGGCUUCCAAAGAGAAAAAUGUAUGACUUCCUUUUACUUGAAGAAAAUACUUGACCAUGAGAAAGCAUUGGC